AUGUCCUCGUCCCGGCGCUCGAGCGUUACUGAUGUAUCGGGACCUCCUUACAACAGAUCCUCUGUAGGGCCGCGUGUCUCACCCGUGGUGACCCCCAAUGAGAUCUUGCAGGAACGGUCAAUGGACGCCAGUCCACAUCAGGGCAAGCAGAGGAAUGCAGGCAUUCUUAAAAGCGCGAAUCGCGUCAAGUUCAGUGUGAGCGAGGCGGGGCUUACCGCAUGUCCCUCAGGACCAACGUCAGAGACCUUGUUCGAUGGAAGGGGUUCAUCGCUGCUGCCACAGAGGCCGUUGCCCAUUGCCAGCAUUCCUCCGGCAGAGAGAGCUCCCCACGACACCCAAUCGUUGCCCUUGGUCGAUAUCAGUACUAGUUCACCGGUAGGUGCCACGGGUUUAACGAUCCACUCGCGAGCGAGCUCCCCGGGUCUCGUCGGCGAUGAUGAGGUCAGUUAUGAGAAGGGGAGAGCCAUUCACUCGGCUCAGGAGAGAGCUCAAAGACUUGCCUCCCUCCUAGGUCGCUCUUCCAAAUCUCCCAAACCAAGCCCUUGGUCCAGUCUGCCGUCAUCGAUCGCGUCAACCCCCACGGAGGCGGCCCUUCCCUUGGAAGAAGAUGGGGAUGAAAUUCCCAUGAUCGGUCUCCCUGAAAAACAGUACAACUUCUCCGACGACGAUGAAUACGCCCCACUAGACGGACGACCCUCAACACGCACCGCCGAAGCCCAUCAACUUGUGCGACAAAUGACUCGCAAAGAUCUCAACUUUAUCACUCGGAUCCGAGCCCCCUCACCCGGAUUCCGUUCCGGCCAAGUCACUCCCAUGGAGGAGAGGGACCCUGACGCUUACGUUGAACGGCCGACCCACUAUCGGGGAGGCAUCCUCUCUUCGCUUCUCAAGCUCUACGACCAGCCCGUGAGCCACUUUCCCCCACGAGGUCGAUAUGGCCACUCGCGGCAGAGCAGCUCUGGCGACCUCAGCGGACGAGGUUUGUCCCCAGACCCCAGCUGGAAGCCCCAGAAGCCCCGAAAGUGGUAUGAAAAAUCGCCGAAUCAGUCCAUGACUUCACUGUCGGGAUCCACGGCGAAGAGCUCCCCUAUUUCGAAGCUUACCCGCUCGCGCAGCAGCGGGACCGUGCCGCUGGCUCCGAAAAGGAUGGGCAAACCCCAGCUGGAGGACGAAAUCCGCGUCACUGUCCACAUUGCCGAGCUGUUGUCUCGCCAGCGAUACCUAAUUCGGCUGUGUCGUGCCCUGAUGAAGUACGGGGCACCUACCCACCGACUUGAGGAGUACAUGAAGAUGACCGCUCGUGUCCUGGAGAUCGACGGUCAAUUCCUGUAUAUCCCGGGCUGCAUGAUUAUUUCCUUCGAUGACGCAUCCACUCACACCACCGAGGUCAAAGUGGUACGAUCUCCCCAGGGAAUUGACUUGGGAAAACUAUCCGACGUGCAUGCUGUGUAUAAAGAGGUCAUUCAUGACGUUAUUGGCAUCGAAGAGGCCAUUCAACGGCUAGACGAGAUCAUGAAGAAAAAGAACAAAUACCCGAUCUGGCUUCUGAUUCUGGUGCAUGGCUGUGCCAGCGCAUCUGUUGGUCCGUUUGCAUUCAACGCGCGCCCCAUCGACAUGCCCAUCGCCUUCCUGCUUGGUUGCCUGCUUGGGACCCUGCAGCUCGUCUUGUCUCCGCGGUCGGACCUGUACUCGAACGUCUUCGAGAUCUCUGCCGCAGUGUUGACUUCCUUCUUGGCUCGGGCUUUCGGUAGCAUUCGAUACAAUGGAGACCGUCUUUUCUGUUUCUCGGCAUUGGCCCAAUCAUCGAUCGCUCUCAUCUUGCCUGGAUACAUGGUUCUCUGCGCUAGUUUGGAGCUGCAGUCACGAAGCAUCGUUGCCGGGUCUGUGCGCAUGGUCUACGCCAUCAUCUACUCCCUAUUUCUCGGAUUUGGAAUCACCAUCGGCACUGCGGUCUACGGCCUGUUGGACGGGGAUGCAUCUGCUGAAUACACGUGCCCAGCCAGUCCGAUUACCAAUGAAUACCUUCAGCGUUUCCCGUUUGUCAUAUGCUUUACCUUGUGCCUUGCACUUGUCAACCAGGCGAAAUGGAAGCAAGUGCCUAUGAUGCUGGUCAUCGCAUUUGCCGGCUACGUGACGAAUUACUUUGGCGCGAAGCGCUUCGCCUCCAGCACCCAGGUUUCCAACGCCCUGGGAGCCUUUGUCAUCGGGAUCCUGGGCAAUCUUUAUAGCCGACUACGACACGGAUUCGCCGCGGCCGCGAUGCUGCCCGCCAUCUUCGUUCUGGUUCCAUCUGGGCUGGCUGCCAGCGGAUCGUUAAUCUCGGGGAUCGCAUCGGCCGAGCAAAUCACCUCCCAAAACUCGCCCUACGCCGUCGUUUCGAACGGCACCCAGGGCUUCAUGGAUGCCGCCAAGAAUAUGACCCAGGGUCCUACCUCACAGGACCAAUUCCAUGGUGUCGUCUUUGACAUUGGAUACGGAAUGGUGCAGGUAGCCAUCGGCUUCACGGUCGGGCUCUUUCUCGCCGCCUUGGUUGUGUACCCUCUUGGAAAGAAACGAAGCGGGCUUUUCAGUUUCUAA